AAUCAUUAAGUUAUUUAAUAGCAUCGAUUAAUUAAUUUGCAAUGAUGCUACAAAACACUCUCGCUAAGCGAAACUCGCGUCAGUCGUUCUCAACUCGCUUGCUCGGACAUUGUCGCCUCGAUGGAACUCACCGCUCGUCUCAUCGGAGUCUGCGCGACGAUAGCACUCGUGUGCUUCACACCAACACAAUCGUCCUGCGCUGUCGACACUGUUAGCAGCCAUUGCAAAUCUCUAGUGCCCGGACAGAGUACGACAUCGCUUGCAGUCCGUGACUACCAUGGGAUAAUUUACAUCUACUCUCCCGGUCACACGGUGGCGACCGGUUGGACUUACCAUCACGACCAUUACUGUCACUGGAUUGUAACGUGUAGUGCUAACUCGACCGUCUACGUCAAAUCCAAUCUCUAUCCCAAUUCGGAUAGAGUCGAAGUGAACGCUUGUGCUACCAGCACGACUCACGGAGAUUACGUCAAAGUCAAGGUGGGAUACACGACGGACGACACGAUCUGUGAUAAAGGUCCGAGUCAGGGAUACUACUACCAACGCACCAACUCCAAUGCUGCGGUUGUUGAAUUCAACAGCGACUCCAGCCAUUCUAACAAGGCUGGCAUGUUCGUCAUGGUUCACGAUAUGAUGUUCGGGACGAAACGAAAACGAGAAUCAGAUGAUUCUCUGGCAGACAACAACAUUCAGCUGAAUCGAGUGGAAGAAAUGCUGGUUGACAUUGGGAUAAAUGAAAACGCUCGAUUCUAUUGUGAUAAGGAUUGGGCGAGACCCUUCGUCGACCACGGCUGCACGUGCGACGGUAUCGACGUCGAAACUACCGAGUGACUCCAUAGACAAUCACUUAGAUUCUAGAGUUGACUGCUGCACGUCUUUGCAGUUUAGUCCUAACGUUAUCUCUAAGAAUGUAAAGCGUUGUUCUAUUCUGCUGACUAGUGAUAUCAUGUAGUUGUGUAGACAAUAAAAAAUAUAUGUCAUAGAGUUGUUGUAU